AAGGAAGGAAGGAAAUUUCAAUUUCCCGAAUUGCACGAUAUUUACAAUUUGACGAGCAAAUUGUCCUUAAAUGCGUUCGAUCGAAACUAGAUUACAGUGGAAUAGCGUGAAGGCACGGGAGGCACGCGAGAGACCCCGUCGAGAGACUCGAAGGAAGCACAAUAACCAUCGGAUUCGGUUUCUAAUCAAAAACGAUGAAAUCGUUGCGUGUUAUAUUGAUCAAUCGAUCCGUAACCAUAGCUUCUAUCGUCUUGGGUGCGAUCAAUUUGCAUUCACCCUUCUCCCUGCCUAUAAUUAGAGCCAAGGAAAACACAUUUUCUAACGUGCUCCUCGCCAAACAAUCAAUCAACACACAUCGAUCAUCUAAUCUCUCUCUCUCUCUCUCUCUCUCUCUAAGAAUUAGAGGAGAAGCCAAUUUUUCUAACUCAAAUUCGAUCAAUAAGAUAUUAAUUAUUUCUCGAAAAGAGGAGAACGUGUUUUAAAUUAAAAAAUGAAAAAAAGAAAGGGAAAGAAUUACAAACGGGUAUGAGUUGGAUCGUUGGUUGCGCAACUUACCAGGAAAUGGUAAAAGGAAGAAUUUUUCUUUCUUCAUUUCUCCAACCGGAAGAGAAGGAAUAAAACGCGUAUUUAUAAGUUAUAAGAACGAACGGAUCGAGACACUAGGCCGAUCUGACCGAUUCUGAACUGACUCUGCUCGCGAAUUUCAGACGGAUGUCCGGGGAGCGCAGCCUCUCGCCAAGCGCGAAACCUCGAAUGGAUCACGGGAGCGGCGUGAGCGUCGACGUCGGCGUUGGCGCCGACAGACAAGGCGCCGUCAAGCUUCGUGGCGGCGCGACGUUCAUGAAAAGUGUCUCGAUCUUCUUGAUGAGCGGUCGUAAAGCGUCGGUGAACAGCAACAGGCAGACGAGCUCGGCCAGCCCGAAGCACGAGCCUCGAAGGAGGCAUCAUCGCGGAAGGAUGCCGGUGCCCGCCACCGCCAGCAGAACCUCCGUCUACACGGUCAAGCUGAUCGAGUCGUUGAAGAGGAAAACUAGAUUCUCAUGGUCGGAAUUGGAUAAUCUGUGCAAACUGUACAAGAAGCUAAUCAAUCCGGGACAGCAACAAGUAGGGCAAUCGGUUAUUAUCGGGAGGAGGUCUCAACCGAAUCAAAUUAUAGAGGGUAUCGACAGGGCCAUUUUCCGCGAGUUACUGCACAACACGUUUAAAGUGAUCACGGAGGACACGUUGGUGGAGCGUAUAUUUUGUUGCUGGGAUCGUGAGAACGAGGGAAUAAUUAGACUGGAACCAUGGAUCGUGGGUCUGGAUCUGUAUCUUCGGGGCAGCCUACGGGAGAAAAUUGAAUUUUGCUUCAAAGUGUACGACUUGAACAACGAUGGAUUCAUUACGAAGGAUGAAAUAUUUCAAUUGUUCAAAAAUUGUUUAAUAAAGCAACCGGGAGAAGAGGAUCCUGACGAGGCGGUGAAAGAUUUGUCCGAGCUGGCGUUGAAGAAACUCGACGUGGAUCGGGAUGGGAAAAUAUCAUUUCAGGAUUACAAAUUGGGUGUAACGGAGGAGCCAUUGCUGUUGGAAGCUUUCGGCCAGUGUCUAUCCACGGAGGAGAACUGCGCUUCUAUCCUGGCCACGUUAAGAUCGUGAAGCGAAUAUGGCGAAUGUGGAUCCAGGGAAGGAUGUUUCGCUGGAAAAAGAUAAACAGAUCUUUUGUUAAUUAUUAGUAGCCAAGAUUGAAAAUGCACUCAAAGGAUUUGUAAUCAUGGCACCUGCCGUUUAUUAAAAACAAUUCGAUAGUAAUCGUAA